UUCGCUUGCUCGUGUGUGUGUGAGUGUGUGUGUGCAUGAGAGAGUGGCUUGACGUAGUUGCCAGAUGAGCGUAAAAGUGAGCGAGCGCACUGGCAACUCCACAGCCGAAGCUAAGCUUCAUUAAGCACAGAGCAGAGAUGGAGAAGCAGCAAACGGAGCGCAUGAUCGGCCAGUUGCUGUCCACACUCUAACAGAUUUAGAUAUCGCGCGCUCUGACUGAAUGACAAAUAUGAAAUAAAAUUAAAUAAAAGAAAAAUUCACGAGUUACAUACAUACAUAAGUAAAUACAUGUGCAUCGCGUAUACGAAGCGUGAAACACAAAGCGAUCAAAUAAACGUAAACAAUUACUGUUAAGCACUGUCGUCAAACUAACGGAAAUUUUGUCACAAUAAUCGAAGCCAUGCUGUAGUCUGUAGACAGAUAAAAAGGAUGCCACUGGAGUGUAAAGGUUUAUUGGAUAACAACUUUUGGAUAUGAAUAUGGAAUUUGAAUUUCCGGACUUUUCUCGCCCAGAUUUCAUGGAUGGCAUUGACAAUGAAGCUCUGGAUUUGUUUAUGCAGGCAGCCGGUGUUGGUGGACUCGAUGAUACGGCACAGCACGGCAACCAUGAUGGUCUGGCCGUGGACUCUGUUGUCUCCGGAGUGUCCAAGCUGGAAUCGCCACACACACCGCCAAUGAACGUGCUCGAUGCCCAGCUGUCGGGUCGUGUGAAUGGUAUGACAAUGCCAUUGGCACAUUUGCCAGAGAGUCCGCCCGAUUCGGGGUCAGAGCCAGCCUAUAGUCCAUUAGGGGAUUCACAUGGCUUGGCGCUGACUGGACGUGAACUCAUCUAUCCAGGUCUGGCUAACAUGCAACAGCAGCAUCAACAACAACAACAGUCGGGAAUGUUGCAGACGGAGUUGCAGUUUACAACGCCAUCGCAGCCGCAAGGACAUCACUUUGUGCCGCCGGCGCAGGAUGUGAGAGUGAAGCAUGAAACGGGUCUGGUGAUGAAUGCCAACAGUUUGCUUUGCCAGCAACAACAACAGCACCAGCAGCAGCACCAGCAACAGCUGAACGAGCAACAGUUGCUGCCGUUGCUUCAUCAGCAGCAGCAACAUCAGGACCUGCCACAGGAUCAACUGCUUUAUCAGCACUAUGACAAUGGUCACGGCUUGUAUUCAACCGGGAGCUAUCAGAAUCUGUCCAGCAUUUCCACCUGCAUGCUGUCUUCACCCCUGGGAUUAGGCGAUCGCGUCCAAGUAAUUGGCACCAGUCAGUUAUCUCUGAAUCGCAGCUCCACGCCGUCGACGCCGGUGCAUUCGUUAUCGCGUAAACGAAAAAUGUCCACGCAAUUGGAUUGUCCGGAUUUUGCGCCCAAGCAUGAUACGGGUUUACUGAUGAGCCCGCUGCGGAAUUCACAUCAUUCGAUAUCAAUAGCGCCGCGUGACAUUGCCAAUGGAACAGCUCUUGCCUCCGUCUCCGCCACAGUUACAGCCAGUCACAGCGAUCUGGAUCUGAGCAAGACACCCGCCCAUUCACAUUGCUCCGCCUCCGUAUCGCCGGCGUUGUCCGGCAUCAAUUCACAAGCGGAUAAUAGCCUCGAUGGGCAGACGAGCAAUGCGGCAGCUGGUUCCGGCUCUGGCAGCGAGGCUGGCGAUCCUGCGCUGACGCAGUGCAUCCGCUUCAGUCCAUUCCAGCCGGAGAACUGGCACAAGCUGUGCGAUCAAAGCUUACAGGAACUAUCCGUCAUAUAUUAUCGUGUUGAUGCGGAUAAGGGUUUCAAUUUCAGCGUCUCGGAUGACGCCUAUGUGUGCCAGAAGAAGAAUCACUUUCAGGUCACUUGCCAUGCACGCCUUCAGGGAGAUGCCAAAUUUGUAAAGACACCGUCCGGCCUUGAGAAAAUCAAAUCCUUCCACUUGCAUUUCUACGGUGUCAAAUUUGAGGCGCCCAAUCAAACAAUACGCGUGGAGCAAAGCCAAUCCGAUCGCUCAAAGAAGCCAUUUUAUCCCGUACCUAUCGAUCUCCAGAGCCAUAUUGUCAGCAAAAUCACCGUGGGGCGUCUACACUUCUCGGAGACAACCAACAACAACAUGCGCAAGAAGGGACGCCCGAAUCCGGAGCAACGCUUCUUUCAGCUCGUCGUCGGCCUCCAUGUGCACACCACAUCCGGACAUUUUCCCGUGGUUAGCCAUGGCAGCGAACGCAUUAUUGUGCGUGCCUCGAAUCCGGGUCAAUUUGAAUCCGAUGUGGAUCUUUGCUGGCAACGGGGCCUCACACAGGAGUCCAUCUUCCAUCCCGGCCGUGUGGGCAUUAACACAGACCGUCCGGAUGAGAGUCUCGUUGUGCAUGGAAAUCUCAAGGUAUCGGGACAUAUUGUCCAGCCGAGUGACAGUCGCGCCAAACAGGAAAUUGCUGAAUUGGACACCUCUGUUCAAUUACGCAAUAUGCAAAAGAUACGCAUCGUAAGAUAUCGCUAUGAACCGGAAUUCGCAGUGCAUUCCGGACUGAGACGUGAGAGCGACACUCGGGAAAUUGUUGAUACGGGUGUUAUAGCACAGGAAGUGCGGGAAGUCAUACCGGACGCAGUGCAAGAGGCUGGCAGCGUUGUACUGCCCAAUGGAAAUGUUAUUGAGAACUUUUUGCUGGUCAAUAAGGAUCGUAUACUAAUGGAGAACAUUGGAGCUGUUAAGGAGUUGUGCAAGGUCACCGGUUCGCUGGAGACGCGCAUUGAGCAUCUGGAACGGGCCAACAACAAUCAUCAUAACCACCAACUGCGUGCAAAGGAUUUGCUGGAACCGCGCUGUCUCUUUCCUCCGCGUGUGUAUAAAUCAAACAAUCGCAGCGAUGGAUACGAGAUCUGUUCCAGCCGUGUAAUGCAAAUCAUUAUCUUUUUGCUGAUCAUCGUCAUGGCAGCCUGCUUGGCUGCCGUAUCGACGCUGUACUUUGUGGAGCACAACAAGCAGCAGCAGCCACAGCAGCUGGAUGGCUAUCAAUUGUUUGGUGACAGUCGCAUCUUUCGACCCGACAGUCCAACGCGACUGAGCGACGAGGAUCGCCUCAACUUUCAGCACAAUUGGCAGUCGCUCUUCAAGAACAAAACGCAUGUGCCUUGGCCCAGUUUAAUUUAUGCGGCGAGCACCACAAGACCCACGGGCGGCACGCCAAUCCGCCUGGGCGACGGCGAUGAGAUUCAGGAGAAGGAGGAACUAACAGCUGUGAUGAAUAAUCCACAGGUGAAUCCGCCGUUGCCCGUUGCGCCGAUUGCACGGAUUACAACCACGGCACCGAGAAAUAAAACAUCUGCCAGCAAGAACAAGGGCAAAUGGCCGGUAUCCCAGGAAACACUGCGUCCAGGCAGUAAUCAAGGUAGCUCCCAGAAGCUGUUGCAUGGUUCUCGCUCCGCCGUAGUGGGUAAAUCUCUAGCCCAAUCCAAUAAUGCUACAAUUACAUCCUCGGAGAAGCCACAACCAAUUCCAUUGUCGCAGGACUUUGAGAACAACUCCAUAGACGUGGAUGCCCAGCAGCAACAGCAACAGCUGCAGCAGCAAUUGAAGCAGCCGUUAAAGCUGGACGAGCACAUUGUGGUGGUGGGCACCAUAGCCAGCACUGACGUGGAAAAUGCUGCCUCCGAUCCGGUUCAAGCUAUACGUAAACUAAAUGCAGGAGAUGUGGCCAUUUACAAUGUAUACAAGACAGUUUCGCCACCAACGGCCAAUCUGGCGCUGACCACCAACAAGGUCAGCACGGAGCAGACACAGUUACAGAGCACACUAUCCCUGGCACUGGAUGUGCCGCCUCCAGCUGCUGUGCGCAACACGAGCGGAGGUGGCAAAGAUACUGGAGAUGCUCUGGAUUUGCAGAGUCUGAGCACUACAGAUGAAUCGGACUCGGCAUAUAAUCCCAUCACAGCGGUGUUCGGUUUCGAGUACCAGAGUGGUCUUCGGGACUCCAGUUUGGGCAGAAGAUCGGCUAAUCAACGCAGCUUGGAUUGGAUACGAAACAAGAGCCUGAAAACUCCGAUCUUUGGACAGCCACCGGAGUGCAACAAAGAUAAGGAUGAGACCGACAAUUGUCAGUCCAGCUGCUUUGAGGAUCUGCAGCCGGCCGCAGUUGCUGCAGAUAAUGUGGACGCAAAUGUGAAGCACCAGCAUGUUGAAGAUGACUUGCAGUCCGCCGAAUCGGAAGAGGAUGAGGACGUAUUAAAAAUCCAGCCAGUUUCAGGCAAUGAUACCAGCAAUGUGGCUGCUUCCCGUGUCUAUCAUGGCAAGAGCUCUCACACCACAGCCGCUAGAGCGAAACAAUUCUCCACCGAAACGGAUGCCUCGGCCAGCGAGGAUGCACUGUAUACGAUCCUAAAUGAUGCUCCCGUCGUAGCCGUGGAUCAUUCACCCGAUCAAGUGGAGCUGCUGCCCAAAGAAAAUGCACCAAUUGCUCCAGCUGCGACAGCCACAGUUACAGUGGUGCCUCCUCCUCAAUUGGAUUGCUGGAGCAUUACCAGCUGUGUGCUGGCCGGACUAAAUAACUAUACCAUUGAUGUGGAGCACUUUUGUCCCAGCUCGGGCAGCUCCUUGAAUGUCAGCUACAUUGUGCCCGUUUCACGUUAUCUGCAGGCUGUCAGCCUGGAGCUGCAUUUUAGCUCCAAUAAGCCGCUGCAAUGGUCCAUUUGCAGCAAUGAGGAUCAGAGCAAGUCGAAUGCCGGCACUGCACAGUUGAACGAGGAUGAUGAUGCACCUCCAAGCAGCUGGGUGAAGGUGCUAAAGCAGCUGGGCAACAACAAACUGAUCCUGGCACUGGACAUGCCCAGUCGUGGCAACUUUGUACGCGACUUUAUGCUACGUGCCAGCACUGACCUGGAACAACAAAAACUAUGCGAUGACAACGCCCAUGUGGCGAACCCUAUACUCCAGUACAACUUUAGCAUCGUAAGAGAUUGUGAUUAGUUAACAAUUUAAUUUAUGGCACGAAUCGAUAUGGAAAUGGAAUCGGAACCAAAAUGUUGUGGCAAUUGUGACCACAUUCAAUACCACAUCACAACAGUUGAAUGA